AUGUGGCCACAUAUGUUUAAUGAACUUUUAACUCGAGUUCGUCCGUUUUUGGAGAAAAGUGGUCCACGGCGUCCACACUCUGUACAACUGAAGUUGGCUCUAACUUUAUCGUUUCUUGCACAUGGUGAUAGUGUAAAUUCCAAAGCGUGGGAAUUUCGUAUUGGACGCUCCACUGUAUAUGCCAUUAUUCACGAAGUCUGUCGUGCAUUGUGGCAGGCACUUCAACCAAUAGUUCUUCCCGAACUUGAUGAACUGAAAUGGUCUGAAGUUGCUGAAGAUUUCUUCGAGAAGUGGCAGUUUCCUAAUUGUGUGGGAGCUCUUGAUGGAAAGCACAUUAGAAUUGAAGCUCCAACUCAUUCAGGAAGUCAAUUUUUUAAUUAUAAGAAGUACUUCAGCAUUGUUCUUUUGGCAAUAUGUGAUGCAAAUCAUAAAUUUGUGUGGGUGGACAUUGGGCAAUGUGGAGGUAUCAGCGACAGCGGUGUAUGGAGUAAUACUGAAUUGGCAGCCAGAGUGCGAGAAAAACUGCUGAAAUUCCUGGUCUUCGAUAUCUCCCAGGGACAGCAAUAAAAACCAAUCAUGUAUUUGUAGGCGAUGAAAUAUUCCCUCUUGAUCUGCAUAUAUUAAAACCUUAUAG